UGUUCCGGCUAUCGAUCGAUCCAUACUUCAUAGUGAUAACUUGACAUGACUGGCUAAGUCAAGUGAAAACGCAUUAACCAAGCAGUUCUUUUACAGGGAACAUGAUUCUCGAUUUGGCCGAAGGGCCUAUUAUCUACAUUCUAAACUUCUUCGCUUCUUGUUGGGGUUUUAUUUCAUUUUAUCCGUGGUAUAUCUUGUAUGGCGCGAAGCAGCGACGCGAUGAAAUACAAGCUAGGCCUACUGUUUCAAGAGAUCCCAGCGCGUCUUACAGAUGCGUGGAGCAUUAUCAGAACAUUUUGCGGACCCCAGUUAAUGGGGUAUAUACUUUAGACAAGUUGUUCAGAAAUACUGUUUCAAACCAUGGCCCUAAAAGAUGUCUUGGAACCAGAGAACUUCUUAGCUCUGAAAAUGAAAUGCAGGCGAAUGGAAGAGUAUUUAAUAAAGUAGUGCUUGGAAAUUAUAAUUGGUUGAGUUAUAACGAAGUGCUUACUAAAGUUGAAUCAUUUGGCUGUGGAUUAUUGGCCCUUGGUCAAAGGACUAAACAAAAUGUUGUCAUAUUUGCGGAUACAAGAGCAGAAUGGAUGAUUGCAGCUCAGAGUUGUUUUUCUUAUAACUUUCCAGUUGUGACCCUCUAUGCUACACUUGGAGAUGAAGCUAUUGUAUAUGGUAUAAACCAAGCUGAAGUAGAAGUUGUUAUAACUGAUGGACAUUUAUUAGGGAAACUGCAGGUAGUUGCAGGGCAGUUGACAAAUAUCAAAACAAUUAUUUAUAUUGGGAAUGUGGACCUUAGUGGUCUAUCUGUGUUUCCAAGUAAUGUCAAAGUUUUAUCUAUGGAGGAAGUUGAAAGGAUUGGUUCUAGAUCUCAAAAUAUCUCUCAGCCUCGUAUACCACCAUGCCCUGAAGAUACAGCAGUAAUAAUGUAUACAAGUGGCUCAACAGGUUUACCAAAAGGAGUGAUAAUCUCUCAUGCCAACAUCUUGGCCACAAUGGCAGGAAUGACUGAUAGAGUCCAAAAUAAAAGCAAUGAUGUUUAUAUUGGGUAUUUACCACUAGCUCAUGUGCUGGAGCUCGCUGCAGAGCUGGUCAUGUUGUCUCAAGGAAGUUCUAUUGGUUAUUCCUCGCCUUUAACAUUGGCAGACCAGUCUUCUAAGAUCAAGAAAGGUUCCAAAGGAGACGUUAGCGUGCUUAAACCAACCCUCAUGGCCGCUGUUCCGGCAAUCAUGGAUCGAAUCCGCCAUAAUGUCCUCGACAAGGUUAAAGAGGGAUCGUGGUUUAAAAGGCUUUUGUUCAAAUUCUGUUAUAACUACAAAGUGGACCAGGUGAAGCAAGGAUAUGACACACCUCUGAUUAACAGCUUUAUAUUCAAGAAGACAAGAAAUAUACUGGGCGGCAAGGUUCGAUCCAUGUUGAGCGGGGGCGCACCAUUAUCUGAAGAUACCCAAUACUUCAUGAAUGUAUGCAUGUGUUGCCCUGUUGUUCAAGGUUAUGGUUUAACGGAGACCUGUGGCGGAGGAACAAUCAGCAAUACAUGGGACAAAACAUGCGGUCGCGCUGGAGCUCCAAUUGGUUGUACUGAAGUGAAAUUGGCAAGUUGGGAGGAAGGUGGCUACACUCCGUACGAUAAGCCAAAUCCACGAGGCGAAGUCGUUUUAGGAGGAGCUAACAUCACCAUGGGCUAUUUUAAAAUGCCCGAGAAGACCAAGGAAAGUUUUUAUGUCGAUAGGAAUGGUCAACGAUGGUUCCAUACUGGUGAUAUUGGGGAACUGGAUCCGGAUGGUUGUUUAAGGAUCAUAGAUCGCAAAAAGGACUUGGUCAAACUUCAUGCCGGCGAGUACGUUGCUUUGGGGAAAGUCGAAUCGGUGUUGUCACGAUGCUGUCUCGUGGAAAGUGUCUGCGUCUACGCAGAUGCAGGAAGUUCCUAUGCUGUAGCAUUGGUCGUGCCUCGUGCGAAGGAAUUAGCUGCGUUGGCAAAGUCUCUCAAUCUUAAUCCAAAUGACAUGGAAGCUCUGUGUGAGAACCCGAUCGUUGUCAACAAAGUAUUGCAAGAAAUCGAAACUACUGGAAAAACUGAAAAACUUGAGAAGUUCGAAAUCCCGAAGAAGAUAAAAUUGUGCAAAGAAGCGUGGACUCCUGAAACUGACCUUGUGACUCAAUCUCUCAAGUUAAAACGCCGGAACAUUGCGACAUUUUACGCUCAGAGUAUAAGAGCGAUGUAUACCUGAGCUGAAUUGAAAUAUAGCAUGUAGCUCAACGGAACACAAUAUGUAUGUAAUUUAACGAAAUAUGCAAUUUGGCUGAAAUUAGUUCAAAACUGAAAUGUGCAUUUGAAGAAUAAAAUUGUUUGCAUCUCUUGA